AUGGUACUUAUAUACAUAGAAGAGGAAGAUUUGCUACGGUUCUUGAAGAGUGAUGAAACUCACACCAUAUUUCCUCUCUUUGAAGGAGCAAUUGAAACUGGAAAAAUAACGAAGUCUUCCUUCAGAAAUUGGGUGGUGUAUGCCUAUAUUGAGCGUAAAGCAUUGGCUCACUCCUUGAAUGAUACCAAGACCGCUGUCCAACAACUUCACAAGUUGGCGAGUGCAGUCGUAACUGUAAUUAUAACCGUGGUGAGCCUUUUGGUGAUGGGUCUGGCCACAACUAAGGUGAUCUUUGUUGUUACGUCUCAACUGCUGCUUGUGGGAUUCAUGUUCCAGAACAUGUGCAAAACUAUGUUCGAGUCCAUCAUCUUUGUGUUUGUGAUGCACCCUUUCGAUGUUGGUGAUCGAUGUGUGGUGGAUGGCGUGCAGAUGAUUGUAGAAGAGAUGAACAUUUUAUCAACCGUUUUCUUAAGAUACCACAACGAGAAAAUAUACUACCCAAAUUCCGUGCUUCUUACAAAGCCAAUUAGUAAUUUCAGAAGGAGUCCGGAUAUGGCUGACACUGUUGAUUUAACAAUUGAUGUCUCUACUCCAGUUGAUGAUGUUUCUGCACUCAAGAAGUCCAUACAAUCAUACCUUGAGAGCAAGCCGAAGUAUUGGAACCAAAAACACUCAAUCCUAGUGAAGGAGAUAGAGAAUGUGGAUAAGAUGAAAAUGACGCUAUGUGUUCAACACACCAUGAACCAUCAAAAUUAUGGGGAAAAGAGUGCUCGAAGAUCAGAGCUUGUGUUCGAGUUAAAGAAAAUUUUCCAAAACCUUGGCAUAAAGUACCAUCUUCUUCCUCAAGAAGUAACAUACCGCAAUUCAACACAAGCAACGGGAGGUUAA